UUUUAGUCUUCAAUUCUCUAUUUCUCUCUGGUUUUGACAACAAAAUUUCUUAUAUUUAUUUUGGGUUAUUUAAUUCAUUGUGGUUUUUCUAAAUUAUGUACCAAUUGUAUCAAUCAUUAAUUAAAAGGUAAACGUGUGCCAUGCUAUAAUAAAUAUUUGUAUAUCUACAUCUUUGGUUUUAAUAGCGAAGACACAACCAUCAUGACUUCCCAAGCGCUAGCUUCUCUCACAGCUACUUACACGGAUUCGGAAGGAGAAGAGGAUAUGGAAGAUGGACAACAGACCCCGGACAAAGAGGAGCCCAUGGUGACCCAGUCUUUGCCUGUCAGCCCACAGGACGCUGAUGUAAACAAACAGUCCUCGUCGGCGCCAGUGUCCCCUAAGAGAAGACUAGUCUCAUACGUGGACGACACGAUCGUGUCAGACGAGGAUGCUUUGUCACCUAGCGCAGAAAACCAAGACGACAUGAGACGGCUAUCAAUGGAAACAGACACUGACGAAGCAAUCCUUCGCUCUGAACCUGAUGAUUCUCAAGAUGGUGUCAUCAUACCUCCUGAACCGCAGGGUAAAUGUCCUAAGGAGUUGCAAGACACAAUAGCAAAGUUCCACAGCCGCAUGAUGACAGAGGGCUUGGACAUGAACAAAAUUAUCCAAGACAAAAAAAACUUUAGGAAUCCUAGUAUUUAUGAAAAGUUGAUCCAGUUUUGUGAUAUUAAUGAGUUAGAUACUAAUUAUCCUCCAGAAAUAUACGACCCAUUGAAAUGGGGUAAGGAAUCUUAUUAUGAUGAGUUGGCAAGAGUUCAGAAAAUAGAAAUGGAGAAACGAGAAAAAGACAAAAAGGAGAAAAUGUCCAAGAUUGAUUUUAUAAGUGGUGUUGCAAAAAAAGCUGAUAGUGACGAUGAUAAGAAACGAAAGUCUAAAUGGGAUCAAGCUGGACCUAAUGUGGCAUCAAAAUCAAGUAUAAAGCAGCCAGGCUUGCUACAACAACCUUUGACCACCAACGUCACAGGCACCAAGGGAACAGUCAUAUCAGCAUUCGGAUCUAUAGCAAAGAAAUCAAAAGUAUGACGUAAAACCAAACUGCAAUAAUGCAAAUACUGUUUGUUAAUCUAAUUGAUUAUUGUACAUACUAUUACUAUGUGAUUAAUAACUGCCCAAGCCUUAGCACAUUGUCUGUGUAGUAUACAGUGUGUCUGGUAUGUCUGUAUACCAUAAACAGGACACACACCCUACUCAAUGAGCUCUAACUGUAAACUUAUUAUAGAAGGUUACUCAACUUGUCAGGACUUAUCAACAGAACACUAAUAAAUAGAAUAAAUGGAAAACAUAUUAUUUUAAA